AUGACACACUCUCUUUCUUUCUUUCUUUCUUUCUUUCUUUCUUUCUUUCUCUCUUUCUUUCUUUCUUUUUUUUUCUUUCUUUUUAAGUAUAUUUCUAUAGGUUCAUUGAUUUUCCCAUUCUUAACGUUAAACUUUCUUUUCUUCUUUCUUUUUUUCUCUUUCUUUCUUUUUUCUUUCUUUCUUUCUUUCUUUCUUUCUUUCUUUCUUUCUUUCUUUCUCUUUUUCAACCUUUCUUUUCUUACAUUUGUCUAUCUUUUUUCCCAAUCAUUCCUUUCUCACUUUUUAUCCUUAUUUCCUCUUUUUUUUAAUUUUCUCUUUCUUUCUUUCUUUCCUUUUUUCUUUCUUUCUUUCUUUUUCCACCUCCUUCUCUUGCAUUUAGCCUAUUCGUGUCUUUCUUUUCUUCUUUCCUUUUUUCUUUCUUUCUUCCCCCCCCACUCUCUCUUUCUUUCUUUCCUUUCUCUUUUCUCUUUUUUUAUUCUACUUAUUUUCUUCCUUUCUUUAUGUAAUUCUUUCUUUCAUAGUCUGUUCUUUCGUUUGUUUUUUUUUCCUUUUUUCCCCACCUCUCCUUUCUCACUUUUUAUUCUUUCUUCUUUCUUUCUUUCUUUUAUCACUUUUUAUUCUUUCCUCCUUCUUUCUUUCUUUUAUACUCUGUUCUUUCUUUCUUUCUUUCUUUCUUUUCUCAUCUUUCCUUUUCUCACUUUUUAUUCUUUCCUCUUUCUUUCCUUCUUUCUUUCAUUUGUCCAUAAUCAAACAUUCUGA